CGCCCCGCCUUCUCCGCUCCGCCGCCGCCUCGCGGGCCGGGCAGGGAGGGGCCGGGCAGGCGGAGCCGGCGGCCCAGGCUCCCGGCCCCGCGUGGCUCCCGGGCCGGAGCGCGGACCGGCGCCAGGAUCGGGCGGCGCUGGGGGUCUGACGGGCAGACAUGCCGGUGCUGUCGGAGGACUCUGGCUUGCAUGAGACCCUGGCGCUGCUGACCUCUCAGCUCAGACCUGACUCCAACCACAAGGAGGAGAUGGGCUUCCUGAAGGACGUGUUCAGUGAAAAGAGCCUCAGUUACUUAAUGAAGAUUCACGAGAAGCUUCGCUGUUACGAGAGGCAAAGGCCAGCCCCGGUCCUGCACGGCGCCGUGGCCCUCGCCGAGGACGUGAUGGAGGAGCUGCAGGCCGCCUCCGUGCACAGCGACGAGAGGGAGCUGCUCCAGCUGCUGUCCACCCCCCACCUCAGGGCCAUGCUCAUGGUGCAUGACACGGUUGCUCAGAAGAAUUUCGACCCCGUUCUCCCACCUCUGCCUGACAACAUUGACGAGGACUUCGAGGAGGAAUCGGUGAAGAUUGUCCGCCUGGUGAAGAACAAGGAACCCCUGGGCGCCACCAUCCGCCGGGACGAGCACUCGGGGGCCGUGGUGGUGGCCAGGAUCAUGCGAGGGGGCGCUGCGGACCGGAGUGGCCUGGUCCACGUCGGGGACGAGCUCCGGGAGGUGAACGGGAUCACAGUCCUGCACAAGCGGCCCGACGAGAUCAGCCAGAUCCUGGCUCAGUCCCAGGGAUCCAUCACCCUGAAAAUCAUCCCGGCCACCCAGGAGGAGGACCGGCUAAAGGAGAGCAAGGCUUCCCCGUUGCGAACGGUCGUUGUCAUUUGGCUGUCCGUGUGGCGCGGAUGUCUGUGUCUCCGCGGUGAAGGGCCGCCUCAUGGAGCCCGUCCCCUGCAGGUGUUCAUGCGCGCCCUCUUCCACUACGACCCGCGGGAGGACCGGGCCAUCCCCUGCCAGGAGGCCGGCCUGCCCUUCCAGCGCAGGCAGGUCCUGGAGGUGGUGAGCCAGGACGACCCCACGUGGUGGCAGGCCAAGCGCGUGGGGGACACCAACCUUCGAGCCGGCCUGAUCCCCUCCAAGCAGUUCCAGGAAAGGCGCCUGAGCUACCGGAGAGCCACGGGCACCCUGCCGAGCCCUCAGAGCCUCAGGAAGCCCCCCUAUGAUCAGCCUUGUGACAAAGAGACCUGUGACUGCGAGGGGUACCUCAAGGGGCACUAUGUGGCUGGCCUUCGGAGGAGCUUCCGGCUGGGCCGCAGGGGGAGACCGGGAAGUCCGCAGGAAGGAAAGGUGUCUGCAGCCACGGAGCUUCCGGAGCUGCUGACCUAUGAGGAGGUGACCAGGUACCAGCACCAGCCCAGUAGGCGGCCCCGCCUGGUGGUGCUGAUCGGGUCCCUGGGAGCCCGGCUGCACGAGCUGAAGCAGAAGGUGGUGGCGGAGGACCCACAGCACUUUGGUGUUGCUGUUCCACAUACCACCAGACCCCGGAAGAGCCACGAGAAGGAGGGGGUGGAGUACCACUUUGUCUCUAAGCAAGCCUUCGAGGCCGGCGUACAUCACAACAGGUUCCUGGAGCACGGGGAAUAUAAGGAAAACCUCUACGGGACCAGCCUGGAUGCCAUUCACGCGGUGAUGGCCAAAAACAAAGUUUGUUUGGUGGAUGCAGAGCCAGACGCACUGAGACAGCUGAGGACCUCAGAGUUCAAGCCCUAUGUUGUCUUCGUAAAGCCUGCAAUCCAGGAAAAAAGGAAGAUGCCACCCAUGUCCCCGGCUUGUGAGGACAUAGCAGCCCCAUUUGAUGAGGAGCAGGGAGAGAUGUCCGCCUCCGCCGCCUUCAUAGACCAGCACUACGGGCACCUGGUGGACGCCGUGCUGGUGAGGGAGGAUCUGCAGAGCGCGUGCAGCCAGCUCAGAGCGCUCCUGGAGAGCCUGGGCAAGGACGCUCACUGGGUUCCCGUUCGCUGGGUCAGGUAACUGUGUCCUGGGACGUCCACCUUGGAGGGGGCCUGGAGGACCACCUCGUCCAGCCACGUGACCACCCAGGAAUCCCAGGUGUGGCAAGGGGCAGGUUUUUCCAUGAACUCUGUCAUCCAGAAGAGCAUCUGUGGGAAGUCCCAUGUAUUGGUGUUUAUCUGUUGUUUUCCACUGUACCCCUCUGGAGCAGAAAACAUGAGCGGAAAGGGGGCAUAUCACAAAAGGACACAUUUCCUUCAUUAAAGUGUCACCGGCAAGUUG